AUGAUAGAUACUCGUCAAGCUUGGUCAGGUGCUCAUUCAUUCUUUGCAUGGGCUCUUCCUCAAGAUGAUCAAAUUACAUUAAUUAACACAUUACGUAAGAACAAUGUUCAUGUCAUACGAAUCUUUUUAGCAACAAUUGAUGAUAGUCAAGCUGGUUCACGCGCUAUAGCAGCUAAUGACAUCGAAAGAUAUCGUGUAGGUUCACCUUAUAUAGAUAGUGAUAUGUUAGCACGUGUUGAUCAGUUUAUCGAAAACGUUGCUAUUUAUGGUGCUGGACGUAUUAAACUAAUAAUAGCGCUUCAUGGUCGUUAUUCAUUAGGAUGUUGUGCAUAUAAAGCUGAUGGUUAUGUAUCAAAAUAUGGCAUUCCAACAGCAAUUGGAUGUUCUCCACCAAAUGAUGCAUCGACAUUUUAUUCCAAUGAACAAGCUAAAGCGGAUAUUGUUAAUCGAUUGAGAUAUUUACUUGAUCAUGUCAAUCCACAUUUUGGACAACGAUGGGGAUCUUUAAGUCGUGUUAUAUUCUCGUUUCAAAUUGAAAAUGAGAGUCAAGGUCACAUGUUAACGUAUAAUGUGCAUUGGAUGUGUGAUAUAAAUGCACGA